GGCUGCCGCCACUUGGACUGGGUGCGGACUGGAAGCGCUUUGUUCCCUUUGCCUUGUUGCUUUAGGCGCUGUCAAAGAGGCGGGAAAGGAGCUGUAAUGUAGGCAAGUUAACGGGAUCUCGUGACAGAUAUCUGGAAACAUGGCUUCUGAACAUGUUAAUGGGAAUGGUACUGAAGAGCCGAUGGAUACUUCUGCUGCAGUUACCCAUUCUGAGCAUUUCCAGACAUUGCUUGAUGCUGGUUUACCACAGAAAGUUGCUGAAAAACUAGAUGAAAUUUACGUUGCAGGGCUAGUUGCUCACAGUGAUUUAGAUGAAAGAGCUAUUGAAGCUUUAAAGGAAUUUAAUGAAGAAGGUGCAUUGGCAGUGCUUCAGCAAUUUAAAGACAGUGAUCUCUCUCAUGUUCAGAACAAAAGUGCCUUUUUAUGUGGCGUCAUGAAGACAUACAGACAACGAGAAAAGCAAGGGACCAAAGUGGCAGACUCUAGCAAAGGACCAGAUGAAGCAAAAAUCAAGGCACUUUUAGAGAGAACGGGUUAUACGCUUGAUGUGACUACUGGACAAAGAAAGUAUGGUGGUCCUCCCCCAGACUGUGUGUACUCUGGACAACAGCCUUCUGUUGGCACUGAGAUAUUUGUGGGUAAGAUUCCGAGGGACUUAUUUGAGGAUGAACUUGUUCCAUUAUUUGAGAAAGCUGGGCCUAUUUGGGAUCUGCGCUUAAUGAUGGAUCCUCUCACAGGCUUAAACAGAGGAUAUGCUUUUGUCACUUUUUGUAACAAAGAGGCAGCUCAAGAAGCUGUUAAACUGUAUAACAAUCAUGAAAUUCGUUCUGGAAAACACAUUGGUGUAUGUAUCUCUGUUGCCAACAAUAGGCUUUUUGUUGGCUCUAUUCCUAAGAGUAAAACCAAGGAGCAGAUAGUUGAAGAAUUUAGCAAAGUAACGGAGGGCCUGACAGAUGUAAUACUGUAUCACCAACCUGAUGACAAAAAAAAGAAUAGAGGCUUUUGUUUCCUUGAAUAUGAGGAUCACAAAACUGCAGCUCAAGCCAGGCGUAGGUUAAUGAGCGGAAAAGUGAAAGUAUGGGGUAAUGUUGUUACAGUUGAAUGGGCUGAUCCUAUAGAAGAUCCAGAUCCUGAAGUCAUGGCAAAGGUGAAAGUGUUAUUUGUGCGGAACCUUGCAAAUUCAGUCACAGAGGAAAUACUAGAAAAGGCCUUUAGUCAGUUUGGAAAACUGGAGCGAGUGAAGAAACUAAAAGAUUAUGCUUUUAUUCAUUUUGAUGAACGUGAUGGUGCUGUAAAGGCAAUGGAAGGAAUGAACGGAAAAGAUUUAGAAGGAGAAAAUAUUGAAAUUGUUUUUGCAAAGCCACCUGAUCAAAAAAGGAAAGAACGGAAAGCGCAGAGACAAGCUGCUAAAAAUCAAAUGUAUGAUGACUAUUAUUACUAUGGCCCUCCUCAUAUGCCCCCACCAACAAGAGGUCGAGGUCGAGGAGGUCGAGGCGGCUAUGGAUAUCCCCCUGACUACUAUGGAUAUGAAGAUUAUUACGAUUAUUAUGGCUAUGACUACCAUAACUAUCGUGGUGGAUAUGAAGAUCCUUACUAUGGUUAUGAAGAUUUUCAAGUUGGAGCUAGAGGAAGGGGUGGUAGAGGAGCAAGGGGUGCUGCUCUUUCCAGAGGUCGCGGGGCUGCUCCUCCCCGUGGCAGAGCCGGUUAUGCACAAAGAGGUGGUCCUGGAUCAUCAGCAAGAGGUGUUCGUGGUGCGCGAGGAGGUGCCCAGCAACAAAGAGGCCGCGGGGUACGUGGUGCAAGGGGUGGCCGCGGUGGAAAUGUAGGAGGAAAGCGCAAAGCUGAUGGGUACAACCAGCCAGAUUCCAAGCGGCGCCAGACCAAUAAUCAGAACUGGGGCUCCCAUCCCAUUGCUCAGCAACCGCUCCAAGGUGGUGAUCAUUCUGCAGGGAAAAGGGGUCGAGGCCGGUCCUGACCUGUUACAAUGAAGACUGACUUGCUAAGUGGGAUUACACCAGAAGCUUGAAGUGGAGUAAUGGUAAGGAAAUCAAGCAACCUUAAGUAUCUCGGCUGUAUAGGAGCAAAUUAUUUUGUAGAAGAUCCUUCGUGCGAAGAUCAUGGAAUAAAAUAUGGGACACUUGGACUUUGAUAUGAAUUUCUAUUAAGUUUUCUCUGCAGUGCAAAUUAUAAAUCUAAAGCUAAUAUUUUCCCAAUGUGUACAACAAAAUUCUUUAUCUCUAGCAUGGCCUCUUAAAUGUUCUUAAAAAAAACAAAAAACAAAAACAUCUACUUAAAAGUAGACUUUCCCUAUUGUUUUUAAAAUGGAUUCCAAAAGUGGUAUUCUCUUAUUGCUCUGAAACUUUUAUUGCAGUGAUAUUAGGUGAAUAUCAUAAUUGGUAUCCUUAACUUUUUAUUUCUGCUCAUGAAGGUUAAUCAUGGUUGUCUAUAUAGUAAUCACUUUGAAAUGUGUUCAGAUACAGCAGUUUCAGGUGUAAUCAUCAGAGCUGGUUAGUCAGGCAUUCCAGAUAGUGGUUCUUUUCAGAACCUUUUUUAAAGGGUUGGUUAACUACCUCAGUAGCAGAGGAUUGAACUAUACCCUAUCUGUACUGUACAUAGAAAAUUUUUGUAGAUAAAAUCAAGGCUUGUUUAAUUAUGACACGAGGGUAAACUAUAUACCAAAUGUUACAUUCUUAGUUGCCUUUAAUUUCAGAGGCUUUGUAAGAGAAUCCCUCCUGUUCAUCAUAACAGGCCUUGUUUUUGUCGUAUUUUGUGGCUGAAAAAGCAGCCUUGCUUCUUCAGAUAUUGUAGUUAUUUGGAUGUAUAAUAGUUUAGCAAGAUGUUACUUUUUGUAAGACAUCAAAUGUUUAAAAAAGUGCAUCAGCAACUUGUACUAAAUACUGCAGUGUCCCUUUAUAAAAGGUCAGACUAAAACUGACAACUUGUACAGUGAAGCCUGACAUUUGGAUAUUUUGAAGUUUUUCAUAAAUCAUAGAAUAUAGUAUAUGGUGUAGUUUAGCUUUUUAGGUAAAGGUAUGUUUUCUCAUUAGUGCAUUUCUUAUUGCUGAUUGCUGUGAAAACGAGCAGAUCAGCUUUCCAUUCUCUCUUUAUGCAGAUCAUGAUAACCUGUAGAGUAGAAUACAAUCAUUUGUGCUAUGUUUUAAUUUUCUAAAGCACCUUGAUGACAGUGAGUGUUAAGUGGUGAAGCAUCCUCUAUUGAAUUACCCUUCCAAAAAGUUUCUGUCAAGUCUAAAUAUACAUAGGUAAGAUAAAACUAUGAUUUAAUAUGGGUUUGGCAGAAAAAGCUUCCCUUUAUCUUUCCCCAAAGGGAUACUGCAGUUGUUAUAUACCCGUAGGCACCACAAUAAGAACUGAGACACCAAAUUAAGGUUUUAUACACACCAGUUCCCCAGUAAAUGAAAAAAUUAACAAAAAAAUAGAUGUCAUAUGUUAAAUGCUCAUUGCAAACAAUCAUUUUGCAUUCCUGCAAAUAAAAUUGUUUUAUACUGUAAGCUGGAGGCAAGUGUAACUUAUUUUUGUAAUAAAGUUUUUAUUUUUUU